UUCGGAAACGAACGAUAACGAGGCGCUUGUGAGGUUGUAUGUCCCUGUUUUUCCGGGUUCAGUUUCCAGAUCAGAUCAGCUUGCCAGGAGGACGGGCGGAAGCACCACUCACACAUAACAGUACUCUACCAUGGCAGCCAGACAUGGACAAAAUACUGCAAACGGAAUCAUAUCAAUAAUAGUCUUGGUGUUCGGAGUUAUCAUCAGCAGCGUGGCGAGUGCAUUACUUCGAAAGUUCAUCAGAAAUGACGAGGGAGACGUCAGCAACAUCGUCGACACCACCAGCCACCGCAGCGUAUUUCCCUACGCAACGUCGCCGAUAUGGACGCUUGGCUUGUUUUACGUCUUCCCAGGCCUGAUUGGUUUCAUCUCCGCCUUCGUCAAACAGAAAGGAGUGUACAUCGCUCACAUGGUGUUCAGCAUCAUUUCGCUCGUCGUCAUGGGGAUGUUCUUCCUGGUUGGGCAGCUGGCUAUCUUGCGCCUCGCCACCACCGACAUCAGCGAGUGUGUCCCCGUGGGAAGUAAAUGUCAGUGCUCGAAUUCUGGGCCCGUAUCAAUGACUUGUGACGACAUGCGCAGCAUCUACACCAUGACCAUCGUUCUCGCUCUCGUCUUUGUCGUAGCAUGGAUUCUCUCCCUUGUCGGCACUAUCCUGUCCGGCAUGCUCGGCUGCAGACGUGAGCCUGUGGGUAUCAUCAUCCAGAGAUCCCCCAUGACCACCACCGUCUACAGUGUGAAGCCGGGGAUGAUACGGACGGCUCCGACGGGCUACACUCCCCUCCAGGUGGAGUAUCAACCCCAGACGCGAGACAACGCUAACCUUGUCACCAACAUGUUCUAGUGCACCGGAGGAUGUGGUCGAUUACUCUCCAGCACUAAAACUGAUGUUUCUCGUCAGAAGCUUGUUUUGAAAUGACCAGGCAUCUUCGAAAUCUCUCUUAAAGUCCAGUUUCCACUCUUGCCGAACUGGGCUUGAAUUUCUGGGCUCGAUCGUAGCGCUACCAAUGGCUAUUACGGGCUAUAUCCCUUCUAUGUCCCUCCUAUUGACCAAUCAGAUUCCACCUGUCAUAUCAUAUUUCUUUCAAGCAAAAUGGCGGCGCCCAGUUAAGGCGAUCUGACCGAUGAUCAAGAUAUAUAUUGUAAUAAAGCGGAUCUAACCUCGCAAAGUGCAUCAAAUCACGUGAGCACCUUGAUUAAAAACAUGAAAAGAUUUGUAAAAUAUCUGUCAACGCCCAGUUGACGACACACAUCUUUUUCAAAUCCUGCAGUCGACCGAAAUCUGCAUGUUGAAAUCCAUUUUCUUUAUGAACCGGAUGUCGAUUUCGUUACGCGUUUUCGAUUGGACUAUGAAUAGUCUCGUUAAUCCAGCCAAAAUAUAACUCCACAAUCGCAGUCAAGUUCAGCUGGGUUGGGAACCCUUGCGUCGGGAAGAUGUGACCAGGUGACCUGGCUUUUUUUCUCAGCUGAUUCUAUAUCGCUUGCAAUUUCACAUAUGAUCUUGCAGAUCACCUCAUAAAACUCCUCUUUAAAUGAACAUGGGUCCAGAAUGCCCAACCUUUCUGUCAAAAGUUACGUCCCUCAACUGCCAGGAUCAACGGCCGUGAAUUCGUCUUCAAAAUUCGUCCCGAUUAUGAUCCUCGGUUUUUCAACACCUCAACCGUGCUUUUGGCUUUCAUCAAACUGGUGAUUAAACGUCUGCAUCUUGGGUGACCUGUGGCUUUCCCACAUUCAAAUGUUGUUGUAUUCUCUCGUUCUACACGUAUUCAUUCACUGUGGCGUUUUAUACUGACUUAUAUGAUACUUGCUGGGUCUGCGAAUUAGUCGGAGGUAAACUGCCGGGCAACGAAAGUACACAUUUGAAAAUUGGAUUUGACGUUACAAGGUUGAAAUCAGUCACCUGUUGUGAGAUACCCAUUGAUAUGAAGCAUGUAAUAUCGCCAAUGACAUCAUCAUCACAUAGAUUUCCAUCGCAUAACAAUGUUUUGUUUAUUUCAUUUUUAGCCAGCUUCAAACAUGGGUGUAUACUAUCUCUUGCCCGGAAGUUUAAAUUCUCUCUGAAAGUCGAGUAAUAUUGUGUAUCUGUGUUGUUGUUGUUGUUAAGCCUUUUCAUGAGCUGUGCAGAGUUGCGUCCCUUGGGCACGCCAGAAACCUAUGAUUGUGGGAUCGAAUCCCGGUUCGCCCCGAUUAUGUUUCUAGGUUUGUCAGCGCCAUACCCGUGCUCGUGGGUUUCACCGAAGUGGUAAACGUCUAAGACCUGCAUCACUUCAGGCUUUCCUCUCACAUUAAGCUGACACGCCGUGAUAUAACUGAAAUAAUGUUCAAAGCCGCGUUAAACCCAACUCACUCACUCACUCAUUAAGCCUUUUAAGUAUAUAGUACAGCGAUUUGGGGACCUUUUUAUGAAAAGCAUGCUAAACAUUCGCUCGAUAAGGUCGGAGUUUCAGAAUGCCGUUAGCGUUGUUAAAAGUGAGGCUGUGACAUGGAAGCGUUGUGUCCAUAAAUAGGUAGCAUUCCUGAUGACAAGAGGAAUAACAUUUACAUACUGUUCACUGUGAGCAUUAACUCUCCAUGCUCAUUCGCACAUUCGGAGUUCUGUUGAAUUAAACUGACGGUCAAAGAAAGUAGGGCGGUCGGGUAGCCUCGUGGUUAAAGCGUUCGCUCGUCACGCCGAAGACCCGGGUAAAAUGUGUGAAGCCCAUUUCUGGUGUUCCCCGCCGUGUUAUUGCUGGAAUAUUGCUAAAAGCGGCGCACGCAAAAACUCUCCGGCGCACGGAAACAGUUAGUUGUCUGAUGACGUCACGUGGGAUACAUGGCCAUUCUUCUUGGAGGACCUGGAUCAGGACCUCGUUGGCAGGAUGAGGUCGCUGUCGAACACGACGAUCCAUGACAUCCCAGAUGUGAUCUAUGGGGGACAUGUCUUCAAUGGACGUAGUUAGCCUGGGUCUGCCUGUUCUUGGCCUGUCUGAUGUCUGUCCGGCCUGUCUGUGACGUUGCAUCAGGUUGUUACAACAACAAGGGAGCAACAAACGUUUUAUCAAUGUGGGCACGGGAGGCUCCCAUCUGUAUCAUGUUGGGCAUUUUUGUGGAGUUCUUUAUCAGUGUUAAUGUCUGACGCGUAGUUUUCGCAUUUGUUUCUCAAAAAGCCGUGUCGUGGACGUAUAUCGCUUUCUGCGCAGAGCAUUGCUUCGGUUUGAACUUGUGUUUUUAAAGUUUUGCAGUUUCAUUUAUAAAGUUGUGAAACUUCUUCUAAAGUCUCCAGAACACAAUUUUAUGUGCGCUUAGCUCAGUACUCAGUUAAGCUCAGCUCUCACGUGAUAUCAGUGUUAAAUAAAACAAACCUUCAAUCGACAUAAUAUGUUCUUCCCUUUUUUCGAUGCAUUAAUGUGGCCGAAAACAUGCAUUACUAAAUACUAAAAUUCAGGUCCUGUAAUAUGGAAAAAAGGGAUGACGUGGAUGGAUGUAUUGUAUUAUGGAACCAAUUACUUUUUAAUUGGGAACAAAUGUCAGUCUUAUUUUCAGUGUAUAUUUGUCUAAAGCAGCCGUAUUGAUUUUCCAGCAGUUGACAAAACGAAGGCAUAUUGUUACUUCGCUUGUUUUCAGAGGGGCGGUACGGUAGCCGAGUGGUUACAGCGUUCGCUCAUCACACCGAGGACUCGGGUUCCAUUUCUGGUGUCCCCCGCCGUGAUAUUGCUGGAAUAUUGCUAAAAGCGGCGUCAAAUCAUACUCACUCACUCACUGUUUUCAGAUAAACAUUCCAAAAAAGCAUACCAACUGGUGUUUUUUUAAUUGUAUGUUUUUGUUCAGUGAAUAUUUGAAAUUACAUCGCUUCUAUUUCAAGGGACCUGGGAGUUUCAGCAGUCUAUGAUAUUGCUUUAAUAAACUCAAAUGUUUAUCUUCA